AUGCCAGAAGAAAACAGAAAGGACACCGCCAUCCCACCUCCCUACGAUCCCUUCCCCACCUAUCAGGCCCCAUAUCCUCGAUCGAACAAGGACGACGAGAAUCCGUUCAUUCAAUUUCGUCGUUUUGCGGAUGAGCAGUUCUCAUCAUUCUUCCAAGGUGUCCCUCACAUGUUCGGCUUUUCUCCCCGCAACGCUGCCCGCCGAGACGACCUCAAGAAAGAUUUCGAGGACCUGAUACGCAGGAGACACGAGCUGGAAGAAGGCUGCAGGGAACAGUUAGAGCGAGAGAUGGAAGAGAUGAGGCAGACUCUUAAGCAGUCUCAAGAUCAUCGGACGACUAUGGAAAAUGCUUGGAACUUUCCCAACGGCAACGCAUCGUGGUGGACGCAUGGAAGAGUAGCUCAACGUCCGGCAUUAAAUGGCGAAGAGCCUCAGAAAAAAUGCCCUGCUCUCUAUGAUGACGCUGGCAAUCCGAAGACAGAAUUGGAUGUCUACGAGGGCAUUCAGGGAGCAAAUAGCAAGCAAGUCCAGGCAUUUCAACCACCUGUCCAGGAUGCCUCUAAGAAGUCCUCCAGAUCCUGGUUUUCGGCACUCGGAUGGGACGGGAAGCAAAUGGAAAAGGGCGUGGAGAACGACAAGGCUGUGUCCGAUAACCCUUCCUCUGACAAAGAAAUCGCUCGACCGACGAAGUAUACUAUGUUCAACACACGUCGGAUGGACCCCUUCGAUGAUACAAAUCACACUAUCCCAUGGCUCAUGCUAAGCCCGUACUCCCCGAUCUACCUCUGUAACCCCUCCCAGUCAAGGCUUUUCAAAGUCCAAAUCCAGGAUUCUGAGGAUACACCUUUACGGAUAUCCCGACCUAGAUUCUUUGAGAGAUGGUACUCAGACGUCGACGAAAAAAUGGCAGAACAAGUUCCCUGGGCUGAUGCUUUUGAGGAUUUGGUUAGCCUCCAACAGACCGGCAAGAUGGUGGAUAGAGACUCCUCGACCUGGCGGACACCGAACACGUGGAUCCACGACAUGGUGAAUCGAGGAAGCCUGGGAAGUCGCUGGGGUUUCGAUGAUGAAGGUCUUCUGGUCAAGCGACAUGUCGAGCAGAAGACCACUGAUGCGCCAUCGACUAUGAAGGACCGAUGCACACGACCCAAAGAGCGGGGAUGGGGAUGGGGAUGUCACCGACGAUGUGAAAAGUCCACUGGGGAUGAGCAACAACAUUCUCUUCAACUCGGCGAGAAAGAGAAGGACUUGAUCGACGACCUCGUCGACAAAGCGACCAGUCCUCUUACCUCGUUCCCUCUCUUUGGGAGCAUUCUUUCGGCGGCUGACGCUAUCGUCUCUGCUGUUGACCAAGCCCAAAAGGAACUCGAAGAGAUAUCAGAGGAAGCAUCCCCUGAUGACGGGUCUGAGCCCGCUCCAGCCGCACAAGAACCCACGACAUCCUCUUAUUCGGCAACUUCCUCUUCAUCUUCCUCCUAUGAAGACAGUUUUUCCUCUUUCCCUUCCUCGGACGGCUUCGAUCCUUCCAAAUCCGUCAUUGCCACCUUGACCUCAACUGUCACGCGGACCCUGCCAGAUGGUUCAAUUGAGACGAAACGUGUUCUGAAGAGACGCUUUGCCGAUGGUUCGGAAGAGAGCGAUGAGAGUGUGGAAAUGAAAAAUCUGCCAUCCACCCACCGGACAAACGAUGCGAAAGAUAGUGUUGAGACGCGCAACCCAUCUCCAACACUGAUUCAGGCCCAGUGGCCUGAGCCUCGACCCACGGCUCGUCCUGUUCAAGAUGCUAUUGCUGAGCACCAGCAGAAGCUGAAGAUUGAACAACAAGAUCAAAAGGAGGCCAGAGCUAAACGGAGCGGGUGGUUUUGGACAUGA